GUGAAGACAGUGACCUACAAACUGGUUUAAGUAGCUAUCCUUUACUGCACUGACGAAGGGAAGGACAGGGUUUAUGGUUUGGGGUACAGGAGAAAACAACUCCUGUUGGACUCAUAGGGUAAACCGCCUGAUACAGAGCUCAUGGUGUGGUGCAGGUUGAGAAGAAACACGGAUAGUGUGAGGUAACUGUUCUGGAUCUACGGUCACCAGUGACAAAGGACUGGGUGAGAAAAAGAAGAAAAGAUGGACAAAGGAGGAGGAGACGGAGGAGGAGGAUCUGAUAGUGGAAUCGAGGGCAAAAAACAAGUAGAGGAAGAGGUCAAUGAGAGUGACAAGAAACUCAAGGAUCAGCGAAACAAGGCAGAAAAGGGUGACAAAGAGAAGGGUGAGAAGAAGAGAGAAAAUCGAAGAUCUGGUUCAAUGGUGAGAGGAGGUUGGGCGCUGUCUGAACGACUGGCCAUCAAUGUGUCGGGCAUGCGCUACGAGACACAGAUUCGAACCCUGGCCCAGUUCCCUGACUCUCUGCUUGGAGACCCUCAGCGUCGCCUGCGCUACUUUGACCCGCUCCGCAAUGAGAUCUUCCUGGACCGCAAUCGAUUCUGCUUUGAUGCCAUCCUCUACUUCUAUCAGUCUGGAGGUCGGUUACGGCGGCCGGCCAAUGUGCCUCUGGACAUCUUCAUGGAUGAACUGCGGUUUUAUGAGCUGGGACAGGAUAUCAUGGCUCGCUUCAAGGAGGAUGAGGGCUUCCCUAAGGAGGAACCUCGGCCCCUGCCAGACAAUGAGAUCCAGCGCAAGCUGUGGAUACUCUUUGAACACCCAGAAUCCUCUGGGGGCGCCCGCAUCAUCGCCAUCAUCAGUGUGAUGGUGAUUGUGCUCUCCAUUCUGAUCUUCUGUUUGGAAACGCUGCCUAUAUUCAAAAAGGAUACGGAGUUUCACCUCGCUGGAAACAGUACCACGAACAUCAUGAUGCCUUCCAUCUUCAACGAUCCAUUCUUCCUGGUGGAGACCAUGUGCAUCUGCUGGUUCUCGUUUGAGCUAUUGAUGCGUUUCGCUUGCUCUCCCAGUAAAACGGUCUUCUUCAAGGAUGUGAUGAACGUCAUAGACUUCUUUGCCAUCAUUCCCUACUUCGUCACGCUCGGCACCGAGCUGGCCAAGUCUAAAGAUACGGCGCCGUCCAUGUCCCUGGCAAUCAUAAGGGUCAUCCGUCUGGUUCGAGUUUUCCGAAUCUUCAAGUUGUCUCGCCACUCCAAAGGCCUUCAGAUCCUGGGCCAGACGCUGAAGGCCAGCUUGAGAGAGCUGGCGCUGCUCAUCUUCUUCCUCUUCAUCGGAGUCAUCCUGUUCUCCUCAGCCGUGUUCUUUGCUGAGGCGGAAAACCCGGGCACGGCCUUCACCAGCAUCCCAGAAGCCUUCUGGUGGGCUGUGGUCUCCAUGACGACAGUGGGGUAUGGUGAUAUGUACCCGGUGACGGUGGGCGGAAAGCUGGUGGGCUCCAUGUGCGCUAUCGCGGGCGUGCUCACCAUCUCGCUUCCUGUUCCUGUCAUCGUUUCCAACUUCAGCUACUUCUACCACCGCGAGACGGAGUGUGUGGACAACCAGGAGUACACGCACGUCAACACCUCCCUUUGGGAGGAGGAAGAGGGUGGUGAAGAAGGAGAAGACGGAGAGGAAGAGCCCGGGGAACAGGGAGACUGCGUUCCUCUCGAAGGAAGCACGACCUACAGGGGGAUCUGUGCCCCUCUCAAUGGGACUCUCCUGGCUGGGCUGUGUGCGGGACAGGCCGGAGAGCAAAGCAUAGGGAGCGUUUACCCGCUGGUCACCCAAGUCUGAGAGACUGGAGAUCAAAAAGGGGGAAUGAGAGAUGGAGUUGGUCCUGUGCCAUGUUUGAAGGACACUACAUAGCUGUGACUCUGUCUAAAAGUGGGAAGGAGGAAUGCAGGAAACAGAAAAUGAUCGACACAGAGGCUGAGAAGGAAAAGUAUGAAGAAGUCACAAAAAAUUAUUUUAACUUUCAUAAAAUGUUUUUUUUUUUCCUAACGUUACAAAACUUUUAUUUUGACAUCACAACCCUACACUGAGCGUAUUCAUUUGUGAAACUAUUUUUAUCUAUUCAGAGAGUUGCGCCUUAAUGCUUGGAUGCAUUUGGAAAAGUCACUGAGCUAUGUUGUGCAAUACAAGCGUUCGCACUUUUGCUUUACUGGAAUUCUCAACAUAUAUAUAUAUAUUGGACAUAUUCAUAGGAAGAAGCGCCAAGCGGUGUCAUUUAAAUGUCAUGUAUUUUGUCACCCGGGUUGCAGCCAUGAAUGUGCCAGGGAUUUGUGUGCCCGACGGAUGGAUAAAGUCUUAAGCAUCAUUCAUCUGGAACAGUUUAAUGUUACUGCUGUUCUGAACGACACUGUUGACAUGAUUUGGAUGAGAGAUGUGUGUGUGUGUGUGUGUGUCUGUGCUUGUGUGUGUAUGUAUAAGCUUUUUAGGAAAACAUGUAAUAUUUAAUGUGUGCUCUAUGAAUUAUGGAACUCUGAGCCAUGUUGGUGUACUAUUUAUUAAAAUUUUUAAUCACACAAGAAUCAUA